AUGUCCAGGUUUCGUUCUUCUUCUUCUUCUUCUGUUCCUACUUUUCUUUUUCCCUUCUUAAGAACAAGACUAUACUCUCAAUCUCGCUUUGUUCCCAGUAAUGUUGAUGUUGAUGUUGAUAAUUCUGUUUCUUCAUUCUAUGACAUGCUUAGUAUAAAUCCUUCCCCAUCCAUCGUCGAAUUUAAUAAGAUCUUAGGUUCCAUUGUUAAGACUGACAACAAACAUUACACUACUGUUAUUUCCCUUUCUCAUCGAUUGGAAUUCCAUGGAAUUACUCCUAAUCUUUUUACUUUCAAUAUUCUCAUUAAUUGUUACUGCCAUCUCGGAGAAAUGGAUUUUGCCUUUUCUAUGUUGUCCAAGAUUCUUAAGAUGGGUUUUCAGCCGAAUACUGUUACCUUGAAUACACUUGUCAAAGGCAUGUGUCUUAAUGGUAAGGUCAAAGAAGCUCUACACUUUCACGACCAUGUGAUUGCACUUGGAUUUCACUUGAACCAAAUUACUUAUGGUACUUUGAUCAAUGGCUUGUGUAAAAUGGGAAAAACAACCGAAGCCUUACAAGUGUUGAGAAAGAUUGAUGGGAAAUUGGUUAACACUGGUGUUGUAAUGUAUAACACAAUCAUUGAUAGUUUGUGUAAAGAGAAAUUGGUGACUGAGGCUUAUGAGUUAUAUUCUCAAAUGAUUGUAAAGAAAAUUUCUCCUGAUGUUGUUACUUUGAGCUCUCUAAUAUGUGGAUUUUGCAAUGUUGGUCAACUGAAAGAAGCAUUUUGUUUGUUCCAUGAAAUGCUAUUGACAAACAUCCACCCAAAUGUUUAUACUUUUAAUAUAUUGGUUGAUGCUCUUUGUAAGGAAGGAAAGAUCAAAGAAGCUAAAAAUGUGAUAGCUGUGAUGAUGAAAGAAGGCGUGGAGCCUACUGUUGUUACAUAUAAUACAUUAAUGGAUGGGUAUUGCCUAGCUAAUGAAGUGAAUAAGGCAAAGAAUGUAUUCAACGUCAUAGGAAAAAGGAGAAUGACACCUAAUGUUCGCAGCUACACUAUCAUUAUUAAUGGUUUAUGUAAGAUUAAAAUGGUUGAUGAAGCCUUGAAUCUCUUCACAGAAAUGCAUUGCAAACCCAAUACAGUAACUUACAACUCUCUAAUUGACGGUUUGUGCAAAUCAGGGAGAAUAUCUCAUGCAUGGGAGCUUCUUGAUCAGAUGCAUGAUAGAGGUCAACCUGCCGAUGUAAUCGCUUACAACUCCUUCUUACAUGCUUUAUGUAAAAACCAUCAAGUUGACAAGGCAAUUGCAUUGGUCAAGAAAAUUAAAGAUCAGGGCAUUCAACCCAAUAUUAACACAUACAAUAUACUUAUCGAUGGACUAUGCAAAGAAGGAAGACUUGAGAAUGCACAAGUGAUUUUUCAGGAUCUUUUGAUUAAAGGCUAUAAGGUAACACUCUGGACAUAUACAAUUAUGAUUAAUGGUCUUUGUCUGGAGGGAUUGUUUGAUGAAGCUAUGACCCUACUGGAAAAAAUGGAAGACAAUGGUUGCAUUCCAAAUGCUGUAACUUAUGCAACAAUUAUCCAUGCUCUCUUUAAAAAUGAUGAGAAUGAUAAGGCAGAGAAACUUCUACGUGAAAUGAUUGCUCGCGGUCUACUAUAA